AUGGCGGCACCACAAGGCAACAUGUACCCGGAUUACCCCCCGCCCCUCGGUGGCGAGCAGGAGAAGUAUCUUCUCAACAGUCUCAAGGACUUCUCGAUCGCCCACGGUCUCGCCGUUCGUCCCACGCCAUCAUAUGUAUCUCCAGAGACAGAUCCCGCAGUGGCACUGGCGACGACCGCGCCGGUGACCUUGUUUCCAAGCCUGUUCCCUCGAGUAUGCUUCGAGCAGGCACGGUCGGUCAUUGGAGCAUACAAUGAACUUUACUCUGCCAUCGCCAGUGACGAAACCUGGCUGGGAGAGAUUAUUGGGGAACUAAUAGAGAUCGACGACUUCAUGGCCAACUUAUGGAACGUUCACAUGAAAGUGAAGAAAGAAGGCUACGCCCAAACGCUGAAUCUAGGUCUCUUUAGGUCAGACUACAUGGUGCAUGUCGAUCCCUCGGAACCCCAACCUUCAGUCAAACAAGUCGAGUUCAACACCAUUGCUUCUUCUUUCGGUGGGCUCUCCACUCAAGUGUCGAGCUUACAUAAGCACCUGCUGUCCAUUGGAGCGUAUCCGGAGAGCAUAUCAAGCAUCGUUUCACCUUCCUCAGUACCACCUAGUCCAUCGGUCCCAGAGCUUGCCAAGGGUAUGGCGAAGGCACAUGAAGCUUAUGGGAAAUCCAGCGGUGGCCUUCAGACCUGUGUCGUCUUCCUCGUUCAGGACCCGGAACGAAACGUCUUCGAUCAAAGACACAUCGAGUACGCACUUAACGAGAACCAUGGCGUGAGAACAUUCCGGUUGCCGUUCGGAAGGGUACUGCAGGACACAAGAGUGGACUCUGAUCGGAAGCUGAUCUAUACGCCACCUCACACGCCAAACAGGCAGUACGAAGUUAGUCUUAUCUACUUCCGCGCCGGCUACGCACCCUCCGAGUACAUAAGCCAGGAAGCCUGGGACGCCCGACUACAUCUCGAGCGUAGCGCAGCGAUCAAGUGCCCAAGCGUCUUACUGCAGCUGGCUGGCACGAAGAAAGUCCAGCAAGUCCUCGCCACACCACACUCCCCACAUUUGAAGCGCUUCCUCCCAAACGAAAAGCAAGCCACAGAAGUCCUCAAAACUUUCGCUCCAAUCUACCCCCUCGACACAAGCACCGCUGGCCAGGAAGCACGUCAACUCGCCACCGAUCCAGCAACAGCUGCACGCUACGUGAUGAAACCCCAACGCGAAGGUGGCGGCAACAACGUCUACCGCAAAGCCAUCCCCGAGCUGCUCAAGACGCUCCCCGAGACGCAAUGGCCGGCUUACAUCCUCAUGGAGAUGAUCGAGCCGCCGGCACAGAGCAACGUUAUCUUCAGGAACGGCGAGUCGCAGAAGGGUGGUGUGAUUUGCGAGCUUGGGAUGUAUGGGGCGUGUUUGUGGCGGCAGGGUGAAGGGGAUGGACAGCGUGAGGUGCUGGAGAACUUUGAUGCGGGAUACUUGUUGAGGACGAAGGGGGAUGAUUCUGAGGAGGGCGGGGUUGCUGCGGGAUUUGGGGCCAUUGACAGUGCGUGUCUUGUAGAUGUGUGA